AUGUGUAAUAUUUCAACGUUUGUGUUUUUUGACAUAGAAACCACAGGUUUGCCUUAUCAAGAGAAAAACCAAACUAAAAUAACUGAACUUACUUUCGUAGCAGUUUCUGCAAUCGACAUAGAAUCCACAUCUAUUGGUUCUCUUCCAUUGGUAAAUAAAUUAUCGCUGCUUUUUAACCCUCAAAGGAAAAUAAACCCAGAAGUUGUACGUUUGACAGGAUUAUCAAAGUGUUCUUUGGCACAACAGCCAGUGUUCAAAUCAAAAAUAAAAACUCUUAAUUCAUUUUUAGAAGAAUUGCCAAAGCCUGUGUGCUUAGUUGCCCAUAAUGGCAAUAGAUUUGAUUUUAAGAUACUUUUAGCUGAAUAUAAAGAUGCAGAUGCAAAAUUUCCUGAUGAUUUACUUUGUGUAGACUCUUUGAGUGGUUUUAAAAAAGUUUUGAAUGAUGACACAUAUAAAAGUUCACAACAAAAUAACAUAAGACCCAUUUCUACUAGCUCACCAAAAAUUGAAGACAUUCUGACUGAGGAUGAAGAUGAGUGGCCAGAACUGAAUGCCAGUGUAGAAGAAUGGCAGCAGAUGGAUGAAUUGACACAGUCUCUAUCUAACAUAACAUGUGACGAAGUGAAAGAUAAAAAAAAGUGUCUUGAACAAAAUAAUGUUAAGGAUAAGGAAGUAAGAGAGAAAGUAAGUUAUACUUUAUCAGAGUUAUACAGGAGGCUAUUAAAAAAAGAACCUAUUAAUGGACACAGAGCUGAAGUGGACUGUAUGAUGCUGCUGGAAUGUGUUAUUGCAACUAAGUCUACUUUUUUACCAUGGGCAAAUAAAUCUUCAAAACUUUUAAAUCAAGUCACACCCUUACAGAGAUAA